AUGCCGGCAAUCUGGGGGACCAAGGUCGGCGGUGCUGCGGUUGACGAUGCGGGACUCGAGUCGAAUGGCAACGCCGAUAUUGGUGUAGGAUCUCAGACUGAGGUCGUGAAGCACUCCUACUUCUCGAAUUGGAGCACUAGGACGUUCUACCGAAGUGUCCUUUUUCAGAUAGUUUUGUUCGGAGCUUCCAACAUACUGACAGUUCUAGGUCCCGCCAUGUCCGACGCUAUCACCAAUCUCGGCGGCGGAGGUCUUUCGACCCCUUAUCUCGCGAACCUGGCGACAGCGCUCAACUACGCCAUGGGCUGUGCUACGACGCUGUUCGGCGGUCCGCUGAUCAACAAGUUUGGCAUCAAGUGGUCUUGCAUGAUUGCGGCGGUCGUCAUGCCCUUGACGGGGUCGGCGUACUAUGUCAGUGCGAGAUAUAGUGUUGAUGCGUAUCUUCUUGCGUCCCAGGACGAUAGAGGGUUCUAUCUCGGUAUCUGGUCAGCCAUACGAAACUCAGGGAGCGUGAUUGGCGGAGCGAUCAACUUUUCGACCAACUACAAGGAUUCGUCAGCCGGAGGCAUUGCCUGGUCUACGUACCUCAUCUUCGUUGGAUUCGAAUACUCAGGGGUCACAUGGCUCGUGUUCUUCCCAGCCUUCUACUCCUUCUUCUACGGUGGCACAAUGGGAGCUUACCUGUCACUCCACUUCAGCGUCAGAGCUCGCGCUCUAUCAUCGCUUCUCGUCCCAUCAGUCGUAAUCCCCCUCGUAAUCGCAUACGGCAAGCUCCUCGACACAAAACGCUGGUCCCGAGGCCGCCGAGCCUGGAUCUCAUUCCUGUGCUGGCUCGUCCCCCAAAUCGCCUGUUUCAUCUGGAUAGGCAUCGAGUACGGGAAGUGCGGCCAAAGAACCGUCGCUCUGGACUAUAAGAGUGACACGAGACGAUGGGCGGAAGCUUAUCUACCAUACCUCAUCAUCUUUGUCACGGGCUACUGGACGCAGCUGUGCUUGUACUGGUGUCUUGGGUGCUUGGCGACGGAUAUGCAGAGCUCGUCGCGGACGGGAGGGCUGUUUCGCGCUUUUGAGACUGCUGGUCAGGCUGUCUCCUACGGCAUCAACUCUGCCAGCGGCAACGAUAAACGGAUACCUUUCUUUGUGAACUGCGCUGUUUUAGCGUUGACAAUGCCUUGCAUGGUCCUCUUGAUCAGGCUGGUUGCUCGUUCCGGAGAGCAAGAAGAUGGCGAGGGGAAUGCGUUGGAGGAGGUGGAGGAUGUACAAGUCAAAGUUGCGAAGAAUGCGGAUUAG